GAACAGUCUACUCCACACAAAGGUUGAAUGACGUCAAGGACCCGUCAAGUAGGGACGGCUUCUGAUGCGUCUCUCGUCAGUGCAACAGAGGAAAAAGGGAAUAAGCCUGUACGCAUGUGGUGUGCUUCUCUCUAUGAGGUUUCUGACUCCCGCCCUCUGUCUCCAAAAGAAGCGGACAAGCGUGUAUUUUCCAAAGGGCGAACAUCUCCUUCGCUCUCUUCCGUGGGGACUGCAGUCAUGGGGAUACUAGACGCAGUCCGGCAGCUCAAGUUGAUAACAUGGCUCCGAGAGGAGAGGCAAUCGAGGAAACUAAUUCUCUUCAUCGUUUUUGUCGCUCUGCUUCUGGACAACAUGCUUCUCACAGUGGUCGUGCCCAUCAUCCCCAGCUACCUGUACACCAUGGACGAUACCCCGGUCCCCGUGGUGAGGAACAGCACACCGGCGCCCCAAAGCAGCGGCCCCGGCAGCUUCCAGAGCAUCGUCUCCUUGUAUGACAACACCGUCCAGGUUACCGGCGGGAACGCCACGGCUCAGCCUUCCUCCGACCGGAACCUCCCUCUCUCCAUUGCAAACACCGCAGCGCCAACGACACAGGUGACCUGGACACCCCAGCCCGGUGACGACUGCCCCAACUCCAGCAAGAAGUUACUUAAUGAGAACGUCAAGGUGGGGCUGCUGUUUGCCUCCAAGGCCACUGUGCAGCUGAUCACCAACCCCUUCAUCGGGCCACUGACCAAUAGAAUAGGAUACCAGCUUCCGAUAUUCAUUGGCUUUUGUAUCAUGUUCCUCUCCACUAUUAUGUUUGCCUUCUCAUCGAGCUACACGCUGCUGUUCCUGGCCAGGUCUCUGCAGGGGGUUGGUUCCUCCUGCUCCUCUGUGGCUGGGAUGGGCAUGCUGGCCAGUGUUUACACGGAUGACGAGGAGAGGGGUCACGCUAUUGGGAUAGCCCUGGGCGGUCUCGCGCUAGGUGUACUAGUUGGGCCACCGUUCGGCAGUGUGAUGUACGAGUUUGUCGGAAAGACCGCCCCGUUUCUCAUUUUGGCCUUUCUGGCGCUGUUUGAUGGAGCUCUGCAGCUCUUUAUUCUACAACCUACCAAGGUGGAGCCAGAGAACCAGAAAGGAACCUCGCUGAUCAACCUCAUGAAAGAUCCCUACAUUAUCAUCGCAGCUGGGGCAAUCUGUUUUGGGAACAUGGCUAUAGCCAUGAUGGAGCCCACCCUGCCUAUCUGGAUGAUGGAGACCAUGUGUGCCCGGAAAUGGCAGCUAGGUGUUGCCUUCUUGCCUGCGUCCAUCUCCUACCUUAUUGGAACCAACAUCUUCGGGACGUUGGCUAACAAGAUUGGGAGAUGGCUGUGCGCUAUGAUCGGGAUGUUCGUGGUUGGGCUGAGUGUAAUCUGCGUGCCAUUUGCAACAAACAUCUACGGGCUGAUAAUUCCAAACUUUGGGGUGGGCUUUGCCAUCGGAAUGGUGGACUCCUCCAUGAUGCCUAUUAUGGGAUACCUGGUAGACCUGCGCCACGUGUCGGUGUACGGGAGUGUGUACGCCAUCGCUGACGUGGCCUUCUGCAUGGGCUUCGCUUUGGGUCCUUCCAUCGGAGGCUCCAUCGCAGAGAACAUCGGCUUCCCCUGGCUGAUGACCAUUAUCGGAAUAAUCGACAUCCUCUUUGCACCUCUCUGCAUCUUCCUCAGGAAUCCCCCAGGACAGGAGGAGAAAAUAGCCAUCCUGAUGGACAGUAACUGCUCAAUGAAGACGCGGUCAUACUCAACACAGGAGUGCCACAACCAGGGGGAUGAUAUGGAGCUGGAGUGCGACGACUACGACUAAAAGCAGGUUGCAGGUCCCAGGUCCCAGGUCGCUCCAGAGAGGAUCUAUAUUUUGUUGUACAAAAAUCUCAGAAGGCAGAAGAAGAACACAAAGUGGGGAAAUGAUCGAUAAGCGAUAUGAAUCACGAUUCACACUACUCUGCAAAGCCGUUUCUAUGUGAAUGUCUGCGUGUCCGUCGUUGCUGUUAUGUGUCCUGUUUAGGCGCCCGUACCGGACCAAACCAAAGUUGUUCUUCAGUGUAAAAGCCCAUGGGUGCUGGCCGGCGGCCCGCAGUGUGUUAGUGUCCAGCCAAUAGCCUUACAGCAAGGAGGAGCAGGUCAGAAGUGGAGCUUCCUGAGGAGCUUUCUAAGGCGCUUUAUAAGAAGGUUCCUGGGGAGGUUCCUCAGGAGGUUCCUAAGGAGCUCCCCAAGGAGCCGACUAUGGAGCUUUCUAAGGAAGUUCCUAAGGAGCUUUCUAGAGCUGUCUUAUGGUUUCUAAGGGGGUUUCUAAGUGGUGUGAUGUCACUCAUGAAGGAGGAGUUGGCUCCUUCAAUAAUCUUUGAAACACAAACUUAUCUUACUUCACCUCUGGGUCAUCGUUAUCAGUUUUAACUUUAGCAAUGUUUACAAAUUAUAAACCAAUGUCAAAUGUCAAAACAAUUGUGAAUCAGGUAGCAAAUUUGAUCAUUUGUUUUUAUAAAUAUUCAUUUUGAAUCAAUGGUUGAGUGUAGUUUGGCUUUGUUAUUUAAAAAAAGAUAACGAAUCUGUUCCAGAAACAAAGGUUGUUCAUUAUAUCAGCAAAUUUCAGUGACGGUAUAAAUUCUGGCAAGUAGCCGAUUUUACUGAGCUAAUCACCUUGCUAUUAAUUUAUUUAUAGAAAAAAACCUAUGUAGUGUGCAGAGUAUUUCUAUUUCCGCAAAAGGAAUGACAACGUAGUUGACAGUAGGCCUAAACGCAUAACCAAAUAGUUAAGUUCAGUGCAGUCGAGCCCUUUACACAUUUUAAAGAUGCGCUCUGCUAUUUCUUUAUAUCUGUGAUAUUUCAGGUAUAUGUACAAAUAUAUCAUACAUAAAAAGUACCAUGUACAUAGGUUGUUGCAGUGAAUAGAUGUAAGCUGGCCAGCUGUCGCAUGCAGUACAUUGAGCCAAACAUCAUGAAGCAGCUAAUGUGAUUUUAUCUAUGGAUAAAUUGUGUCAUGGCUGCAGUUUUCAAACAUUGAAGAACUGCGCUAUUGUUGAUGGAAGGAAAGGAAAUUGAAAAAAGGCAAAUUUUUCAUCUUCUUUGUCUCAAGAUCACAAUAAUGUGACAUACAUUGAAACUAAGCAUAAGUCAAUUUGAUAUAGAUUUUCUGUUAAAUUAGUAAAUUGGCAAGGACUAUAUUCUUUAAUUAUUGAAGUAUUUGUGCCUAAAGAUUAGUAAAAAAGUUUUUUUUAUUGUCUGAAUAAAAUCGUAGAUUAUACAUUAAUCGUUAUAUAUUUCAGUCUCUGUUGCACAAGGAUGACUGCUUACAAUUAUUGGUAAAGUAAGUAGUAUGAUGAAGCAAAAAUUAUAAUUUCUCACUUGAAAAGCCUUCAUUUUCUGGCCAGUGUUGUAAGAUAAUAUAUACAAUAUAAAAGAAAACAGAGGAGAUAAUCCGGUUUCAAAUUUCCCCUGUAAGAUUUAUUUGGCAGUUUUCUAUUACCAUUUUUUCCACAGUUUUAGAAGAUGUGUUUAUUAAAGAAAGUGAUUUAUUUUGCCUUUGAAACCCAAA